GAACAUCAAAAAUCAACUCCUCUCUCCACACACAACACACUCCCACAAAUCGUGAUUCAUCCACACCACAUGAUACACAACAGAACAGAAGCCAACAAAAUGAAACCCACCACCCCCCCCUGCCACCUCGCCCCAAUCAACCUGCACUCGCCCGCCGACUUCGCCGAGAUCCACCGCCAACGCCAGAUCUGCGGCUGGGACCACGACCUCCCCAAGCUGGAAAGCUGGAAGCGCAAGCAAGACGAAGGCCUGAAGGGGUUCUACUGGCUGUGCAUCCCGGAUCCUGCAGCAGCAACAGCAGCAGCAGCAGCCCGUGGGGAGAACAAAGUAGUCUACGCGGGCCACAUCUCGCUGGACGCGUACAGCGACCCCGCAGACGAGGAACUCGCCCGCGCCGACCGCGCCGUCCUCACCGUCCAGACCCUCUUCAUCCUCCCGGCGUACCGGGGUCUGGGGCUGGGCAGCCGCGCCAUGGACCUCGUCGAGGCGCUGGCGGCAACCACCGAGACGCAGUGCCGGUGGCUGGCGCUGACGACCCUGAGCGAGCGCCAUUACCUGGAUGAGUCGCCCGAGGGGACAGGGGUGUGGGCCCGCACCGGCGCCGAGCCGCCCGUCAUGGGCUGCAAUCAGUGGUGGUAUGCGCGGCGCGGGUAUGUGUUGUGGAAGGAGGAGCCGAGGUGGAGGGAGGUCGGGGUCGCCGGGGAUGAGGUUGUGUUUUAUGCGGCGUUUAUGCGGAAGGAGCUGGCGGGGUUGAGGGGGGCAGCUCGCCGGACACGGUCACAAUGGCCAUCAGUGCCAUUAUCAUCAGUCCAAUGCGGCGGAUCUUUGGCGUGGGGAAGAUGCGCAUAA